AUGGCGCGUACACCCUUCACUUCAUUCCCCUUCUUCUUCGUUACACUUCUGUCAAUUCUCCACCUUUCGCGCUGCAAGACCCUAAAGCGUGAUGUUAAGGCUUUGAACGAGAUCAAGGCUUCUCUUGGGUGGAGAGUGGUGUAUGCGUGGGUCGGUGAUGACCCUUGUGGAGAUGGGGAUCUUCCUCCUUGGUCUGGUGUCACGUGUUCCACUGUCGGUGAUUAUCGUGUCGUCACCGAGCUUGAGGUGUAUGCUGUGUCGAUUGUGGGACCUUUUCCUACUGCAGUUACCAGCUUGCUGGAUCUUACACGGCUUGAUCUUCACAAUAACAAGUUGACAGGGCCUAUUCCUCCUCAAAUUGGACGGUUGAAGCGUCUAAAAAUACUAAAUUUGAGGUGGAACAAACUGCAGGAUGCAAUUCCUCCAGAAAUUGGUGAGCUUAAAAGUUUAACACAUCUGUACCUAAGCUUCAACAAUUUCAAAGGAGAAAUUCCCAAGGAGCUAGCAAAUCUGCCAGACCUUCGCUAUCUUUAUCUCCAUGAAAACCGUUUAACUGGAAGAAUACCACCAGAGUUGGGCACUCUGCAAAACCUUCGGCACUUGGAUGCAGGUAACAAUCAUUUGGUGGGUACCAUGAGGGAACUCAUUCGCGUUGAAGGUUGCUUUCCAGCGCUACGCAAUCUGUACCUGUCCUACAACAAAAUGUCAGGAGUUAUACCAUCUAGCAUUGCUCAUAUUCCUAAAUUGACAUACUUGUAUUUGGAUCACAAUCAGUUUUCAGGGAGAAUUCCUGAUCCCUUCUACAAGCAUCCAUUUUUGAAGGAAAUGUACAUCGAAGCAAAUGCAUUCCGGCCUGGUGUGAAGCCCAUUGGUUUUCAUAAAGUGCUUGAAGAAAUGAAAAAUGAAUCCUUGUUGGACUCUCUAAUGAGAGCAUUUGCUUCAUUUAGGAUAGUGGCAAAUGAAUACCUGUUGGAAUCUCUAUUGAAGACAUAA